AUGGCUAUCACCAAACACCUGCCCAGCUUUGACAUCGAGGCGGUUCGGAACCAAUUUCCGGGCCUUGACAAAGGACUCAUCUGCCUGAACAAUGGCUCUGGUGCUCUUGUGUACAAAGGCGCCAUUGAGAGUAUUGUUCGUACCAUGUCUGCACCUCAUAUGAAUCUGCGAGGUCUGGACUCAAAAAGCUUGGUGGACGUAAAGGAGCGUACUGCCCAAUACGCGAAGCUCGCUUCAUUUAUGAAUGCUGACCCGGAUGAAAUUGCCUUUGGACCUUCCACGACGGGCCUUUCAAGAAAUCUUGCCGCCGCUCUCCGUCCAAAUCUCAAUGCAGACUCAGAGAUCAUAGUAUCUGUUCUCUGCCAUGAGGCCGGCGUAACGGCGUGGGUUGCCUUGGCAAAGAGCCUGGGGAUCUCCAUCAAGUGGUGGAUGCCAGCCGGAGGGAUGGGAAAUAACAGAGAUCCUAAGCUCGACCUAGAAACACUUCGACCUCUCCUCUCCCCCAAGACCCGCCUUGUAUGCUGUGGACAUGUUUCAAACAUUACCGGAACCAUCGAGCCUAUCAAAGAGAUUGUAGACCUUGUCCACAAAAUCCCUGACGCGUUGAUCUCCGUGGAUGGAGUGGCAUGGGCUCCUCAUCGCCCAAUCGACGUGAAAGACCUGGGCGUUGACUUCUACAUUUUUAGUUGGUACAAGGUAUUUGGCCCUCAUAUUGCACAGGUCUAUGCUCGCCGGGGCGUUCAGAAGCGCUACCUGACCAGUCUCAAUCACUACUUCUUUGACCCUACCGCUUUACACGUGAGACUGGGCUUGGGGAACAGCUGCAUUGAGCUCGAACAUGCUGUUACCCCGAUUAUCAGUUAUCUCGUCGACCAGGUUGGUUGGGAUUCUCUCAUCAUGCACGAGCAAGUCAUUACAGCAGAGAUUCUCGGCUACUUGACGGCGCAUCCAGACCUUUACACCGUGUAUGGAUCGCAGUCAGCAAACCCGGACGUCCGGGUUUCCUUGAUCAGCUUUACAGCGAAUGGACUUGCGUCUGACAAAGUGGCAGAGAUGAUUCAUGAAACCUCCAGCUUUCGGCUAAUCACUGGUGAUUGUUGGUCUCCUCGUACUGUUAAUGAUGUUCUUGGACUGCCGGAUUUUGGUAUCAUUCGGACAAGCUUGGUCCAUUAUAAUACUGUGGGUGAGAUGAAGGCCUUUAUACAAACAUUGGAUCAGGUAGUACGUACCUUGAUGCAAUGA